AAUCUGGUAAAGCAAAGUGGCGGCGAAGGUUACAUAGUGUUACAUUGGCAGCGCGAAGAGCUGAACUGAACAACAAUGGCGACAUCAAAGGUUUUGUGUAGGUUGUCGUGUCGGUUACAGGUUCAUGCUCAUAACAAGUUAACCAAACCAUCACUUUCUAUGGACCUUUUCCACCUCAAACCCACCCCUCCUCUCUCUGCCACCGCGCGUCGCUUGUCUCCCACUUCCCGGUUACCAGUGGAGUUGGGUAGCUGCGAAUCAAUGAUGCCGUUGCAUAGCGCGGUAGCUUCGGCUCGAUUAGUAUCAAGUUUGUCCAUAGAGUCUCUGGGCUGGGGAUUGGUUCCUCAAGCACACAAUGGGUCAUACGCUUCCCUCAACCCUGCAAAUAACAGUAUUUCCAUGCCUUUAUGACGUUAUUUGUCUGAGGUUAGUUGCUACAAGGUAGCAUUUCCAUUUGAUGGCGGACAAGGGCUCAUGUUCUUGAUUUCAUUUUGUUGUAAUGUUGAGGUAUUUGACAUAGGAUCCUUCAUCUGAAAUCUUUGAGGAACAUGCAUUGCAACUGAUGUUGCUUACUUAUUGGGUUGAUUCAUGAUAUCUUCAUAUGUUUAUGGAAUAUCUUUAUUUGGUUUGUCUAGUCUCUGGAUGAGUUUUUUUGUCAACUAAUAAUGCAUUAAAGUGCAUUAUAUCUGAGGAUUUAAUCCAUUUACUUGUCAGCGUUUCCCUGAUUACUACAGUUCUAUGGUAUUUUUAAAUCAUUGUCAAACCAGAUACGAUAUUGUAGUCUAUGAUCCUUUGAGGAAUUCAUUGUUACAUACUGCAAAGGUUCUGCAUCCUUGGUUGACACAGGUGGAAUCGUUGGUUGGUGGUGUUUUUUUUUUUUUUUUUAUCAACCCGUUGGUUUGC